AGAUGUCACAUUUGGGAGAGGUUACAACCGAAUGGUUUGGAUACACAAAUCGACAGCGCUGAUUUCUCGGCAGGGGAAAAGCAGCUUAUAUGCAUUGCCGCGGGCAUAGUGAACGACGCAAAGGUAAGUGACAGACCACAAGGCAUCCAAGCUUGA